AUGAGUGCCUUAAUGAAACUGGAGGCCAAACAAGUCCAGGGGUCGUGCUGCCUGCGUCGCCCAGCCAAUAGACCGACACAGGUGCUGGAUCAUAGAAUUGGAAGGGGAAGGCCUAGGGUCUUUCCUACGCCGCAGGAGGUGGAGGAGGAGCCAGCAAAAGAUUGUGAGGCAACCCUCAUCCUUCCUGCUUCGCUUUGUUCGCGUCUGCAUCCUCAGGCCGAUUCCUUCUUCAGACCCGAGGCCUUGAACUUCCAUCUUCAACCUCUUCAGGCCCUGAGACGCAGCUGUGUAGGAGACCCAAGUCCUGCUUGUCGGGAGAUUUCGUCUUCCAGGCCGACUCUCGACUCAAAACAUGAAUCUGGGGGAGCAAACAGUGAUGGCUUGAACUUUCUAUUUAUUAAAGAGGUAAAGAUUGCAGAGCCAGAGGAGGUGAAAAACUUAGAGCCUCAGGAGGAAGAGUCUUCAGAGAGGAAAGAAAAAGAAGCCCUUGAGGAGGAAGAGGCCUCAGAGCUAGAGGAGGUGGGACAAGAAGUUUCAGAGUUGGAGGAGGGAGAAGAGACCUCAGAGCUAGAGGAAGAUGGAGAAGAGGCUUCAGAGUUGCAGGAGGGAGAAGAGUCUACAGGGCUGGAGGAAGAGGAAGAGUCUUCAGGGCUGGAAGAAGAGAAAGAAGANAUCUUAGCUGUUGAAAAUUUGACCUUUAAAAAAAAAGAAAUAAUUCAGCCGGGUAGCAAAUUAGACAAAGGUAAAGAAUACAAUACUAAGCAAGGUAAGACAUUGUCCCAGAAUGAAUCACAAAAUCAGAAAGUCAUCGGGAAUGUGGAAGAAGCCACAAGCAAUAUAGAUGACAGAGGUAGAAAUUGCAACACCCAAAUGGAAGUUACAGGAGACCGAGAUAAUGGAGAGGAUGUACUAGUCAAAGAAAUGAGAGAGGAGAAAACCCCUCAGAACUUAAAGAAUAAAGAGAAAAUUCUAAAAGUCUCCAGAGAAGAUAGAGCAGUACUCACACUGGCAGCAGACUUUUCAUCAGCGACGCUGGACGUUAGUAAGCAAUGGAGUAAUGUCUUCAAAAUUCUGAGGGAAAAUAAUUUUGAACCUAAAUUUUUAUGCCACGUUAAAUUAGAAUUUAAAUGUGAUGGUGAGAUAAGGACUUUUUCAGACAUGCAAAGCCUCAGCAAAUUUACCAGCCAAAAAUCUUUUAUGAAAGAAUUACUGAAAGAAAUUGCUUGUUAUUUGGCUCCAGACUUUGAGAAGAAAAAAGUAGUGAAACAUCAGAUGGCACAAAAAAUCCAGAGCAAAGAGAAAACAGCAACACCCAGAAAUCAAGGAAUCGGGACAGUCUGUCCAACUUUACAUGGGGACUCUCCCUCAAAAUAUCUAAAGAUAAGUUCUGAUACACAGGAAAAGCAUUCAUGUACAAAUUUGAGUACUUCAUCAGGAAUCACCAAACUUCUAAGGAAAACUGAGAAACAGAGACACAAAACUCUGCAAACAGAAGAGCUAACAUCUAAAGAAACAGACUUAAUACAAGAAACAGAAGAAAACUUUAGAAGAAGUGUAAUUAAUUUAUUCAGAGAGAUACAAGAGGAUAUUGGAAAUGUUAAAAAUUACCAUCCAGAAGUCUUAGAAAUAAAAAAAUCAAUAGCCAUUCUGAGUAGCAGAAUAGACACACUUGAAGAGAGAAUGAGCAAUCUAGAAGAUCGAAUUGAAAAAUUCUCUAAGGAUACAAUGCAAAUGGCCAAACAGAUAAUAAUUAAAGAAAGAGUAAGAGACAUAGAGGAUAGAUCCAGAAGCUCAAACAUCCGUUUAAUAGGAAUUCCAGAAAAAGAUAACAAAGAGAAUGGAGCAGAGGAAAUAAUUAAGGAAAUAAUUGAAGAAAACUUUCCAGAGCUAAAGGAAGAUUCCAGUCUUGAGAUUGUCAGUGCCUACCGAGUACCCAGUAAAAUUGAUGAAAAGAGACUCACUCCUAGACACAUCUUAGUGAAAUUUCGGAACUACAAUGAUAAAGAAAAAAUUCUAAAUGCUUCCAAAGAGAAGAAAGAUACAACCUACAGAGGAAUAAGAAUCAGAUUGACGGCAGACUUAUCAUUGGAUACUCUGGAUGCUAGAAGUCAGUGGGGCAAUAUCAUAAAAGUUCUGCAGGCAAAAGACUUUCAACCAAGAAUUCUAUAUCCAGCCAAAUUGGCAUUUGAUUUUAAAGGUAAAACAAAGACAUUUUUUGAUAUUGAAGAAUUCAGGAAGUUUAUUUCUUGUACACCCUCUUUGAAAGAAUUACUGGAGGAUAUCUUUUAGCAAUCCAGGGUGAGUGUAAACAUAUAUACACAAUAUAUAUUUUCUUUCCACACCAAAAAUCAACACGGAAAAUUGGAAAAUAAAAUGCCACAUUUCUACCCAGGAAGAUGGACAGCUAACAGUAUACUUGGAGAUGAGGGGAAAGGAAGGUUAUAGAUAUUACCUAGAUAUUCAUAACGUUAAAGGGUGUAUUAAAAUGGUUAAUGAUAAUCAUCCUAGGUUAUAUAUGAGUAAACUUUUUAAACAACUGGGAUGAGAGGGACUCUCAAUGUAUAACGACAGACAAAAAGGUGGGGGGAAAGUAAAAAAAGAUGGCAGGGUAAGUUAAAUAGAAAAAAAUGCCAAAGUUGAACUCUUAUCAAGAGAAGGAUA